AAGUGGCCCCGCUUCGCCUUGAGUGGCGGCGGCUUGGCGGGAAGCUGCUGCGGGGAGUGCGCGGCGUUGGGGUCGUGCGCAUCGUGAUGCGCUGGGUUUAACUACCACGCCGAGCUGAGGGGACGGCGAGGAGCCAUGCAGGCCUUCCUCAAAGGCCCAUCCUCCAUCAGCACCAAGCCUCCAGCCGCCAAGGAGAGGAGCGCGGCGGGGAGCAGCGGGGAAGGCAAGAGGCUCAAACCCGUCCCCUGGGUGGAGAAAUAUCGCCCCAAAAACGUGGAUGAGGUCGCUUUCCAGGAUGAAGUUGUUGCUGUGCUGAAAAAGUCCUUGGAAGGCGCUGAUCUUCCCAAUCUGCUGUUCUAUGGCCCGCCUGGAACUGGAAAGACCUCCACUAUUUUAGCAGCUGCCCGAGAACUCUUUGGGCCUGAACUAUUCCGACAAAGAGUCCUGGAGUUGAAUGCCUCUGAUGAGCGUGGGAUACAGGUGAUCCGCGAGAAAGUGAAGGCUUUUGCUCAGCUCACGGCGUCUGGAAGCAGAGCAGAUGGUGAAGUUUGUCCUCCUUUUAAGAUUGUGAUCCUGGAUGAAGCAGACUCUAUGACCUCAGCAGCCCAGGCAGCCUUAAGACGCACAAUGGAAAAAGAAUCUAAAACAACACGUUUUUGCCUUAUUUGUAACUACAUCAGCAGAAUAAUCGAACCUUUAACAUCUCGAUGCUCCAAAUUCCGUUUCAAACCUUUGUCAGACGAAAUCCAGCAACAGAGGCUAUUGGGUGUUUCUGAGAAGGAAAAUGUGAAAAUCACUAGUGAGGCAAUAUCUUACCUUGUUAAAGUGUCAGAUGGGGACUUAAGAAAAGCAAUCACUUACCUUCAAAGUGCCACUCGCUUGAUGGGUGGGAAGGAGAUCACAGAGAAGACUGUUACUGAAAUUGCUGGGGUCAUCCCAAGAGAAACAAUAGAUGGACUGCUGUCUGCCUGUUGGAGUGGCUCGUUUGAGAAACUGGAAGCAGCAGCAAAGAAUCUUAUAAAUGAGGGCUAUGCUGUUGCUCAGCUCAUAAGCCAGCUUCAUGAUCUUGUUGUUGAGAGCGAAGACUUCAGUGACAAGCAGAAAUCAAUCAUUGUUGAGAAGCUUGCAGAAGUGGACAAAUGCUUGGCAGAUGGUGCUGAUGAAUACUUGCAGUUGAUAAGUCUGUGUGCCCUUGUGAUGCAGCAGCUAACACGAAACACCUAGCUCCUCCAGCAGCAGUUACCUUGGUGGUUGUGGGAUCUGCCUACUCUUGUAUUGCUUUUACAAUAAAGUAACUGCUCAGUAAA